AUUUAUAAAAACAUUAGAAUUUUUUACUCUUAUUCAUUCUGGACACGAAAAUACAAAGAAAUCACUGCUGGAAUCCCUCAUCAAUUCCACACUCAUAGAGCUUAAACCUGAGUUUUGCUUUGAGCUUAAACCUUCAACCUUACUCAACGAACCAACAAUCAUACACAACAAUCUGAAGAGUCAGAGAGGAGGAGAAGUUUUAGAAAAAUCAGGACAGAAAGAAAUAAAGAGAAAAGGCCCUGGAACUUACUCGAGGUAUCCGGAGAAGGCGUUGCUGAUUGAUUUGGUUGUUUGAGAGAAGAUGCAUCCUCCUUUGACAUUGCACAAACACCCUAUGUGCGCUGAAAUUAUUGAGGAGUUUCAAAAGUGUCACGUGGAACACCCUAUUGCAAAAUUCUUUGGCGAAUGUACAGAUUUGAAAAUAAAAUUGGAUCGUUGCUUCAGAGCAGAAAAAGCUGUGAAGAGAAAGGCCAACUUUGAAAAGAGCAAAGAGUUCAAGGAACAGUUGCGAGUUUUCAGGAAAGAAAAUGCUGCAAGCAGCCGUCAAUAAAAGGAUUCCCUGCUUCAUUGAAAACCAAAACUGGUGUGCAAAAUACGAUUCUUAGUUUUGUACAAUGGCCUAAUACGAUAUUUUUCCAUUUUCAAACAUUGAAUUAUCAUAUCAUCAAUAUUGUGAGAAUUAUUGCCACUCCUUUGUUAGAAGGAUUUCCUACAUGAUAGAGAGGUUGUGUUGCUUCUAAACAAAUGUAUGAAAAAAAUUUAAAAUAAAUGAAACAAAUUAUUGUUAAA